ACCUCCCCUUCGCGCUCGACCUGCCCAUCGGCGGAGGUUCGGCGCUCGGGUCCCCAUCCUCGAGGUAUCCACCAGGUACUUUGUCGAUGAGGACCACACAUCUUCGGCCCUGACUCCUCCUCUCAGCAGUGCUCCUUCUCGCUGCUCCCCUCCAUCGUUGCCCCCCCCACCACCAGUGCCUCGCUCCUCCACGCCUUCGCCACUCUCACCGUCUCCGACGGGCGCCACCCGUUUCACGAUCGCGACGGCCACAUGCAACACUUCCGCUCGCGCCUCAUGGGGCGGCACAUAUCUAUCACCUUUGGCCUGGAGGGCUACUACUCCACUAGUCCACCGUCGUCCGGAGACCUCUGCAUGGUGGGCACCGAGUCCAGGAGCACAUCUCCGACCACCUCCGCCCGUGGAGCCGCUACGCAUAGUUCUGGGUCUGCGUCGCGGACAUCUACAUCAGCUACGAGGUAGGUUUGUGGUGUGCCUCUGAUGUGCUCUUCGAUAUGCGCAUGCGCUGAGGUGACCUGCGAGGGGUUUAAUUGUCGAACGUGUUUGGCCGGUGCAUGUGUUCUAGCUACAAGCGGGGUUCUUCAAGGAUUAUGGCGAGGGGGCGCCAUGUGAGCGAAGCAGCAUGAGCUCCACGCCCAUAAGAUGUCCAGAAGAUGAGCAGGCGGAACGUGUGGGCAACAGAUUCUGUUCGAGGUUAACUCCCAUUCAGGAAAAUAAAUACUGCCAGUUACCUUUGAAUAAUCUCAAAAGGCAAGGGUGUGCGGAAAAAAGGAAACCUAUAUCGGUGGACAAGAUGUACUCAGAGUCUGACCGACCAAGUUCCACAUCUUCAUCUGCGAAGAGGACUCAUGCCAUUGAUCCAGAGGUGUCAGAUCAUGAAAAAUGUCACAAGACUGAAAGUUCCCAUCCCAGUAGAUUCUCUAAGAGGAGGAAGGAACAACUUCAGAAUUCAUCUUCUGUGUACCCUCGAAAGGUUCAAGAUGUGGUUCUAUUGGAUGACGAAGAUAUGCAGCCUGAGGAAGAAGUAAACUGUGACAUGUCUGACGGACAGAAUGGACCAAAGAUCUACUACCCAUCGAGAGAUAAUCGGGAAUCUGUUGAGCUCAGCAGAUCUGAUAUUAAAUGUCUUGAUCCUGGAGUAUAUUUGUCAUCACCAGUGAUAAACUUCUACAUCCAGUACAUUAAAAGGAACAGACUGUCUAGUGAAGAUUUUAGAGACAAAUUUUACAUAUUUAACACAUAUUUUUAUGGAAAGCUUGAAGAAGCAUUGUGUCGGCAGGAUGAGUUCUCAAAGUUGAGAAGAUGGUGGAAAGGUGUCAAUAUAUUAAAUAAAGCAUACAUAAUCUUGCCGAUCCAUGGGAUGGCGCACUGGAGCUUGGUAAUCAUUUGCAUUCCUGCAAAAGAGAGUAUUUCAGGACCAAUCAUACUUCAUCUGGACUCCCUAGCGAUGCAUCCCAGUACUAAGAUCUUGAACACAGUUGAGAGAUACCUUGAAAAAGAAUGGUGCCAAUUAUCAUCAUGGGAGGAUUUUAAAAAUAAUAUACAUAAGCAAAGCGUUGAGGUUCCACGACAGAAUAAUGAGUAUGACUGUGGCAUCUUCAUGCUUUAUUAUAUUGAACGGUUUAUAAAAGAGGCUCCAGAAAGAUUCACAAUUGAUAAACUUGAUAUGUUUAAUCGGAGUUGGUUCAAACCUGAAGAAGCAUCUGGUCUAAGGCGGAGAAUAAGAGAGCUUCUGCUGGAAGAAUUUGAAAGUGCCAAGCUGGAUGAUGCUUUACCAGGAGCGGAUGCAUCUGAGCGUGAUGACAGCAUAAAUGAUGGAGAAUUGAAACCAGAUGCAUCUUCUGACAGUUCAGAAAUGGUCGUAGAGGUGGUAGGAGGGUUGGGAGGCACUGACAAGAGCAAUGAAGGCAUCAAGGUUGUAGCAUCAGAAGAGGCAAGUGGAGAGUCAGGAGAUGCUGGUAAGAGUACCGAAGGUACUGUUGCAGCAUCAGAAGAAAAGAGUAUUGAAGGCAUCAAUGUUGCAGAACCAGAAGAUGCUUGUGAGAGUAUAGGAGGCAUCUAUGUUGCAGAAUCAGAUGAAGCAAGUGGGGAGUUUGGAGAGAUUGGUAAGACCAACAAAGGCACCAAAGUUGCAGUGUCAGAAGGAGCAAGUGUGUCUGGAUACACUGAUAAGAAUAUGGAAGACAUCUCUGACUCUGAGGUUGCAGUAUUAGACAAAGCUCCCACUAGCAGCUACAGACGUGGAGAGAAGACCACAGCCUGUGUUCUAUCAGAAGCAGCUUCACUUUCCGAUAGCGUCAAAGAUGAACAAGGUAUGGUGAAACCAGAUUCUGGCAGCUCAAAAGCUGAGAGAGAAGGAGAUUUGAUUGUAAUUGCAUCGCCGGAAAGAUCGGAAGGGAAUGAUGAGAUCAUUGGUAGCAUGCCAAUUACAGAUGUAGUUUGUGACAGCUGCGACAGCGACACCGAGACCAAGGUGAGGAUCGUAAAAAUUCACAGAAGAAAAUUUGUCCCAUCGUGUGGUUGCAGCAAUUGACACAAGGGGCCAUGCACCGUGCAAACCUUCUGGUUGCGUUCUCACGAAGAUGCGAAAUUGUGACAGAUUUUGGUAAUGAUAUUUUGAGGUUCCUGUGGCCGUAUACCAAGCACAUAGAUGACCAGGCCAGGCGGUGAUCUCAGUAAACCGAAUAGGUAGCGGGUCGAUGCAUGGCCUGCUUCCCCCUGAUCUCGGGCACUAGGCUCCUGGAAAGCAGUUUUGGGUAGGCAGUUCAUUGGCUUGGGCCCGGGACUUGUAAAGUGUACAGGCGAUUGGACGUUAUUACGUAUGUUAUGGUGUUUACAUUAGAAGAUCUGUGACUGUGAACACCUGCCACAAUUUGAGAUAAUAUGCGCGUAAGGUCUUGCGUUUUCCUUUUUGUUCUGCCCCAGAGCUGCCAAACAUGCAUCCUUGUUCUUCUCCA